AUGCGCAGCGCAAUAGGUAUUGAUUUUGGUACAGUUUCCUCACGUGUUGCUGUAUUUCAACAUGGAAGAGUUGAAAUCAUUUCUAAUGAUCAAGGAAACCGUACAACAUCAUCUUAUGUUGCAUUCACUGAUGAGGGAAUUUUGAUUGGUGAUGCAGCUAAAAAUCAAGUGGGCAGGAAUCCAACUAAUACAGUAUUUGAUAUUAAACGUCUUAUUGGACGCAAAUAUGAUGACCCAACAGUUCAGACUGAUAUGAAACAUUGGCCAUUUAAAAUAAUAAAUGAAAAUAGAAAACUUAAACUUCAAGUUGAAUAUAAAAAAAAAGUAAAAUUAUUUACAUUUGAAGAAAUUUCUUCAAUGAUAUUAACGAAAAUGAAAGAAAUAGCUGAAACUUAUCUUGGUAAAAGAGUAAGCGACGCUGUUAUAACUAUUCCGUCGCAUUUUAAUUAUUAUCAACGUCUAGCAAUACGAGAUGCUAGCGUUCUUGCUGGUCUUAAUGUUUUACGUAUUGUUAAUUCAACGUCAGCAACUGCUAUUGCUUAUGUAAUCGAUAAAAAAGUAUCAGGUCAACGAAAUGUUCUAAUUUUUGAUUUGGGUGGUGGUACCUGUGAUGUAUCGAUUAUAAUAAUUGAAGAAGGAAUUCUUGAGGUUAAAUCAACAGCUGGUAAUGCACAUUUGGGCGGUAAAGAUUUUGACAAUCGAAUGGUUACACAUUUUAUGCGAAAGUUUAAACAUAGACAUGGUAAAGAUCUACGGGAAAAUAAACGUGCUAUUCAACGAUUACGUAUUGCGUGUAAACAGGCUAAGCAUACAUUAUCAUCAGCAUCACAAGCAGGAAUUGAACUCGAUUCAUUACAUGAAGGCAUCGAUUUUUAUUCAGCAAUAACUCGUGCACAUUUCGAAGAACUGAAUGCUGCUUUAUUCCGUUCAACACUUGAACCUGUUGAAAAAGCUUUACGUGAUGCAAAAAUGGAUAAAGCACAAAUUCACGAUAUUGUUCUUGUUGGAGGUUCAACACGUAUUCCAAAAGUACAAAAGUUUUUACAAGAUUUGUUUAAUGGCAAGGAACUAACUAGAUCAAUUAAUCCAGAUGAAGCUGUUGCAUAUGGUGCUGCAAUUCAAGCUGCUGUAUUAACAGGCGAUAAAUCUGAAUGUAUCAAAGAUUUACUUUUACUCGAUGUGGCACCACUUUCAUUAGGUAUCGAAACUGUUGGUGGUGUUAUGACAGUCUUACUUAAACGUAAUAUAACGAUUCCAACAAAAGAAACCCAAACAUUUACAACCUAUUCGGAUAAUCAAUCAGGUGUUUUAAUUAAAGUUUAUGAAGGCGAAUGUGCAAUGACAAGAGAUAAUCAUUUAUUAGGAACGUUUGCAUUGAUGGAUAUUUCACCAGCUCCACGUGGUAUACCACAAAUUGCAGUAACAAUCAAUAUCGAUGCAGAUUAUAUAAUAAAUGUUUCGGCUUUCGAUAAAAGUUCUAAAAAUGAAAAUAAAAUUACAAUUACAAAUGAUACAGGAUAUUUGUCAAAAGACGAACUUGAACUACCUCUAUUGUGUUAUGAUGUAAUAUAUGAAGAAAUAAAUGAAAUCCUGGGUACAAAUAUUGCUGCGAAGAAACCAUUAAAAUCUUAUUGUUUGAAGAUGAAAAAAAUAAUUAAUGCUAAAACAGUAGGAGAUAAAAUAAGUGGUGAUGAGAAGAAGAAAAUGCUCGAUGCUAUUGAAGAUAUAUUGAAAUGCUUAUCAUUUAUUGCUUUAGAUACUAGUCCUUUCUAUAAUGCAUGUCGAAAUAAUAAUAUUGAUUUGGUUAAAAAAUAUUUGCAAGAAAUGUCAUUAGAAGAAAUUAAUAAAUUAGAACCGAAUGGAUCUACUGCACUCCAUGUCGCUGCAUAUCGAGGACAUGAAGAAAUAGUUCAACUAUUACUACAAAAAGAUGCUUGUUAUACAACAGUGAAUAAAUAUAAUUGUACUCCAUUGGAUGAAGCUAAAACUGAUAGAAUAAAGCAGAUGAUCCGUCGUCGUAUGAAUAAAACUCGUUUUAUUAGUGAAUCCAUCGAAUGGAUUUUACAGACAGACAAGGCAGAUUUUCAAGCACAUCAAUAUUGGACAAAAUUGGAAACAUAUGGACGAGAUCCACAAUUUCAUAAAUUGAUUGACUAUAUAAAAAGAAACUAUCUUGAAAAAGAUUUAAAAAACAUCUUUUAUGUAAUAAUUUUUGUUUUUUAUCACUUUGAAAAUGCAACUUUAAAGAGUCUAGUUGAUUUCUUUGAAAUGUCGAUUAAUGAUGAUGCAUUAAUAUGGAUCGAUUUAGAAAUGGAUGGAUUAGAUCUAACCAAAAAUUUUAUCUUAGAAAUUGCUUGUAUUAUUACUGAUUUCGAUUUAAAGAAAAUUUAUCAAGGACCUGAUCUUGUUAUUCAUCAUCCAAAAUCAUUACUUGAUGCUAUGGGACCAUGGUGUAUGGAACAUCAUACAAAAUCAGGUCUUGUUCAACAAGUUUUAGAUAGUAAAUUAUCAAUGUUGGAUGCUGAAAAUGAAAUAAUAAAUUUUAUUAAACAAAUAACAUUAUUAUCAACAAAUAAAAAACGUCUUAUUCUUGCUGGUAAUUCUGUUUAUGUUGAUCGAUAUUUUCUUGAAAAAGAUAUGCCAUAUUUAAAUUCUUUACUUGAUCAAUCAAUUCUUGAUUGUAGUACAUUAAAAGAAUUAAUUCAUCGUUUUAAUUAUAAAAUUUAUUUUAAUGCACCAAUUAAAUCUGGAAAUCUUCAUCGUGCAUUAGAUGAUAUUCGUAAUAGUAUAGAAGAAUUAAAAUAUUAUCAAAAAACAGCAUUUAAUGAAGAAAAACAACAAGAUAAAUUACCUAUAAUAAAAAAUCUUACACAAUAUCUUAUAUGGAUUAAUAUUAAUUCAAUAACAUUAAUACAUUGUAUUUUAACUGAUAAUAAUCUUAAUAUAAUUGAUGAAAUUAUUGAUGGAAAAACAGAUGAUGAUUUAAUGAAAAUUUUUUAUCGAAAUAAUAUUUAUCAAGAAAAACUUAUUGUUGUUGCUGGUAAAUUUUUAGGUCCAAUUCGUGCUCAAUUAAAAAAAUUAACACCUCAAUUUAAUGAAUUUUGUCAUUAUCGAUCAAUUGAUAUUGAUGUUAUAUCAAUUCUAUGUGAAAAAUGGUUUCCAAAUAUAUAUGAACAACGACCUUUUAAGAAUGAUAAUGAUAAUAAUUUAAAAAAUUCUAUUGAACUUCUUCGUUUUUAUCGUUCGACUAUAUUUAAAUAG